AUGAAUUUUGCUAUUUUGUACAAUCCAGCGAAAUUUGCAUUAUCCAAGUUAUUUUUGUAUAAUUCAAGUCUUGCAUUACCCAGCCACGCAAUCCAAGUGAACUUUGUGUUAUUCAAGUUAUUUCUUAUAACUCAA